CUUGGAACCCGCCACCAAAACAACAACCUGCGAGUACAGUUCACAGAUACCUAUGCACUAUCUGCAGACAUCAUAAGCGUCUAGUACUUAUUCUGCCUCUUUAAGAGAAGGUCUCCAGACCAAGAAACGAUGCCAGCCAUCCGCCAUGCCUCAAAGCGCAAAGCUCCCCCAGCUGGAUUCAGCGAUAUCGAAGAUGACCUUCUUAUCUUCUCCAACAAGAUGAAGGAUGCCGAGAAUGCUCCUACGACCAGUGUUCCCAGGCACCAAGUACAUUGGCCCAUCUUCCAGAUCUCGCAUCAAAGGAGUAGAUAUGUGUAUGAGCUCUACUACGAGAAGGAGGCCAUAUCGAAGGAGCUCUAUGAAUGGUUACUCAAGAACGGUUAUGCAGACAAGAUGCUGAUUGCGAAGUGGAAGAAGACUGGAUAUGAGAAGCUAUGCUGCCUGCGAUGCGUGCAAACAAAAGAGACGAAUUUCAACUCUACAUGUAUAUGCCGGGUCCCGAAGGCGCAAAUGAAGGAAGACCAGGCAGUCGAAUGUGUGAGCUGCGGAUGCAGAGGCUGUGCUUCUAGUGACUAGGGAAUACAAGGGCGGAGGAGAGGUUACGAAGAACAUGAUAGCCUAACAAUAGGGCACUCUCCUGCAGACAUUUACAGGGAAAGUUGCAGGUUUUGAUGAUACCAAGAUAGGCGUUUGGGCAUGGAAGAAGACGUAAAAGCUUGGUUCAUUCAAGACCUAGCAGGACUUGUCACUUUUCUGGCGUUCCAGGUAUCUCUUCUACGGAGUAGCAUCUUUUGCAGUCCUCUUCUGACAAGACAGUAGAUAUCAU